AUGAGAACCACGCAAACUUUGAUCAGAUCCUCGCGCUUAAUUAGUCGGAGUUUUGCCAAAGGGGCCGUUCCCGCACUCAGACAGGUUAAUGUCGCAGGAUUCCAAUUACAACCAACGCAAAUACGUUGGAAUUCGAUCUCCAUCACCACGGAAGGUGUGGAAAUUCCAGAAAGCGUCAAGAACCUCACUUUAGAGCAGUACGACGUUAGCGCUAAUGAGACUUUGGAGUCGGUUUACUGUGAUUUAGAUGAUUUUUUUGACACCAAGGGAAUCUCGGACGCCGAUGUGGAAGAAAGCGGCUCAUAUGUGUUAAACAAACAGCCACCAAAUAAGCAAUUGUGGCUCAGUUCGCCUAUAUCAGGUCCCAAGAGAUUCGAUCUAGUGGACGGAAAAUGGAUCAGCAUUCGCGAUAAUCUAAAACUUUUGGACAUCCUGCAGACGGAGAUCAAUGACAUAUAUGGAGACUUUGAGUUUACCAGUGAGUUCUGA